CCCCAACGUAGCUGCUCGAUGCCGCUUACUGUUUAAAGUUCCCUCUUCUUACUCGAUUCUCGUCGCUCAGUAUUUUGGUCUUCACCUUUCCAUUCGUUCGCAGGCACUAUGGCACCGUUCAUUGCCUCCUGGGGCAUCAUCGGUGCAGGCUGGAUCUCGUCCAUGUUUGUGGCAGACCUCGCCCUCCCCCGUCCAGAGGUAAAGGAUGUACUCCACAGCGUUGCGGCGGUGGGCGCCCGCGACAAGGCUCGCGCAGCUGCUUUCAUUGAGAAACACCUGGCGAAGGGUGCGACUGCACAGCAGCAGGGGCUGCGGCCCCCGCCUGUGGCCGUUGGCGGGUACGCGGACCUGUUCGCGAGGAAGGAUGUCGACAUCGUCUACAUCGGCACACUGCAUCCAACGCACUAUGAAGAUGUCAAGGGUGCUUUGAACGCGGGCAAGCACGUGCUCGUUGAGAAGCCUGCGACGCUCAAUGCUGCCGAGUGGCAGGAGCUCGUCGCUCUAGCGACGGAGAAGCAGCUGUUCUUGAUGGAGGCGUUUUGGACCGCAUUUCAGCCCGCAGUUGUUGCUCUACGUGCCAAGCUACACGAAGAGAAAGUCAUCGGCGACAUACAGGCCGUGAGCUCCAACUUUUCCGUGCCGAACUACAACGUCUUGCCCGACGAUCACAGGAUCAUAGGACUCGCAGCGGCCGGCGGGCCUCUCUUAGACAUCGGGGCAUACGGCAUGGUACCGGCGCGUGUGGCUCUCACCGACAAUCCGGCGAACAAGGGUGCCGCGCCCAAAGUGACUUGUGCAAUGAGCAAAACGCGUAUGGGUACCGAUCUCGACACAACCCUCAUUCUCGAUUACGCCAAUCUCGGGGCUCGUGCCGUCUGCAACCUGAGCUUUAAUGCGCGUAUGCCGCGCGAGCACACGGCCACAAUUAGUGGGACCGAUGGUGAGGUCGUCAUCCACGAUGUUCUGUGCCGCAUCACCAAAUUUAGCGUGACAAAAUACACGCCCGGUCAGACCCCUCAAACGCCGGGCAAGUGGGGUGAGCCACAGAUGUUUGAGUAUUCGUUCCCCGGCACUGGACUGUACUUUGAGGCGGACGUGGUGGCGCGAGAUAUUCGUGACGGGCGGAUUGAGAAUGAGCUCGUAUCGCACAAGUACACCAGCGAAACGCUCGAGAUCUUCGACGAAGCUCGCAGGCAGGGCGGUUACAUCCUUCCCCAAGGCAUGGAGAAGGUUGGGCGAGUUGGAGUAGAGGACGCAAGGCUCUGAAGAGUUGGGUAUGCAGGCUCGUGUGAUCCAGCGAUGCCGCCUGUCAUGUUGGAAUUACGCUCAGUUCCAUGGGCCGAGCAACCGUUUCAUUGGGAGGAUAAAACUCCAUAAGGCGGGCCACCGUGGACGUCGUUACAGCACUUGAUGCUGUCCUUGAUCUCUGGCCUUUGCGGAUCGGGGCGGCCCCACCCCAUGUCACGUAGAGGGCGGGAGCUCGACGGCAAGCAACCUGACAAGGAGUGUUCACAACAAGCAAGUGAUUCAUAUUCUUUGCGCAAUGACAGAUGUAGUGAGA